GUAAGAAUUACUUUAGAGCAAAAAUAAAACCCGGAAAUGUGAAAAUAAAUAUUAAACAAGGAAUACAAACAUUUUCACAUGAUAAUUGUGUAUUGUGAUAUGUUUAUGUAUUAAUACUUAGUCAAACUAAUCAUGAAUAAAUGUCAAACAAGAUUUAAACAAUGUAGUGGGAAAAAUAUUUUUAAUUACUUUUGAUUAUUUGUUUAAUUAUUUAGAAAUAUUGUGAUGCUCAUGCUUUAAGCUAUCAGGAAAAUGGAUUUUAUAGGGAUACUCAAGUGUUUGGGACUGGUCGUAACCAUUGUCCUGCUCCUAAUUGGAGCGAUAAAUAUCUUUUCUAGACUACAGAGGCUUGAAAACAUGGAUCCAAGUUUCAAACAAAUCGUCAAAUAUUUACUCAUAUCUGCUUUAGUGAGUGAUACCAUGGGCUUGUUCAAUUUACUGUUGUCUGCGGCGUCUGGUGAAUGGCCGCUUGGAUUUGGUGCAUGUGAAAUUUGGGGUUUUGCAUCCACCACAAUGCUGGCAUUUACGGCAUGGAUGAUAACAUUAGCAGUAAUAGAAAGAUAUCUAGCUAUUUUGUCUCCAUCAGAAGUCCCAGCAGCAUUUUCACAUAGAAAUACACAAAUAAUAGCAGUAGGAAUGUUGUUCCUUGUCAUGAUGGCAGUCACCGGACCGUUCUAUGGAUUCGGAGAAUAUACUUAUCUUAGAGGGUACCUGAAUGUCUUUGUAUCUUCAAAUAUAUCCUUACCUUUGCCUGUAAGUCACAAGGAGCACACGGAUGCUUUAAAACUUCAGAAUCUUCACGAACUAUUCAGCCAUCUUAGACACUCAUCUUACAGCUCCCCUAGAACGGAUAUGCUGUCAUUAAUUUCGCGUCAUAUACACCAGCACUUUGAUAUCAUUGUCGGCAAGGCGGAAUGGUUACCACAUGGAAUUUUAUUCAGUAUCAGAGCAACAUCAAAGAAGUCUUUAGAAACGUUCAUGGAACAUUUGAAUGGUCAAUUUUUCACUCAGAAUAUAACAGAUUUGUCAUUUAUUGAAGACAUUGCAAGUACAUUAAAUAUAAGUGACACAGCAUUAACAGCACAUAUUGAGAUGCCGGAUUUUCAAAACUAUGUUCAGAAACAUCUUCCUGUUCAAGACAUGGGUAUUUGCACGGCAGAUAUUACAUCUCCAAGUCACCAUGUCAGUAUCUGGACAGGAUUUUAUGUCAGCACAGUAUUCAUUCUCCCAUACUGUUUGUCUCUUGGAGGACUAUGUAUUUUAUACGUUCGAGGAUUUGGCUAUAAUUCGUACGCGUCAAAGCGAGCAUCUGAUUUGGACGUUUCUCACACAAAUAUUACAUCAACUAUUUGCAUGUUAAACUGUGCAAUAAAUCUCGUGUACUUUUUGACUAUUUUAUCGUGCAAAAACGAAGCACUGUUUUGUCCUGAUAUAUUUUUCUUUGUUGCUUUUAUUAUUUCGAUUAAAUCUUUACCCAUUGUUGUGACAAUGAGACUCGGUCCAAGCAUUUGUAAUUGCUACUGUGCUUGUUGUAAUGAGUGUAUAAACAAAGUUCUAGCUUGGAAGUCGGUGGAUGAUAUGUCGUAUGAGUUAAGUGAUAUUGAAAUACGACAAUCACUGACUGGAAAAAAGAAAAUGUCAUCUGUAGUAACGUAAACUUUAUGAUCAUGAUGACAUUAGCGUUUUUUUUUCGGUAUUUUAGUGAACA